AUGACGGGACCAAAGAAGGUCGCCAUUAUAGGCGCCGGCCCAUCAGGCCUCGUCACGGCCAAAAUACUCCUCCACCACCAUCCCAACGGAACCUUUGCUCCGGUUAUUUUCGAAAAACGACAUAAUAUCGGUGGCCUGUGGCCCAGUAGCCCAACAGCCCCGAUGAAUAAUAACGAGCACCACUCUACACCUCUCAAUGAAAAUGGUCGGAAUGGCUCUACUGUUGGUCCAUUGAACCCGUUCAUGCGGACGAAUCUCAGUCGUUUUACCGUUGCAUUUUCGGAUCUGGCGUGGGAAUCUGUCUUUGAGGAUACGGAAGUGCCUAUGUUUCCGCAGGCGUGGCAGGUGGGAAGAUACUUGGAGAGAUAUGCGGAGCGGUUUCUUCCGAAUGGGGUGUUGAGAUUGGGACAAAGGGUUGUGCAGACGAGUCGGAAGGUUGGUAAUGGAGAAAGAAGGCGGUGGACGAUACAAUGGGUUGAGAGCAGCUAUGAGAAUGAGAACAAGAACCAGGAGAUACACUCAGAAGAGUACGAUCUUCUCAUCGUUGCUGCUGGAUAUUUUGCGUCACCCAGCAUUCCAGAAGUUCCUGGACUAUACGGGUUCAUGGAUAGAACCAUUCACAGCUCGUCUUUGCACAAUGCUGAGCGCCUCCUACGGAAAUGUCAUGGAACUGGUGGAAAAUUGGUCGUUAUAGGUGGGAGUCUGUCGGGGACUGAGGCUGCCUCGACUCUUGCUCUUCACGUCUCUUCGUCCAAGUUUACCCAGGAACCAACAGGAAAAGACCACCAGGUGCAUCAUAUCAGUACCAGACCGUUCUGGACGAUACCAGCAUAUUUGCCUCGAGAAACAACAAAUAGACCUUCUGAUAAGACAGUGUCUUUCCUCCCCUUGGACUUGGUAAUGUAUGACCUGGACCGACGACCCCCGGGACCAGUCGAAUAUGCCUUUGGGCCCAUUCCGGCGCAGAAAGCGCAAAAGACGAACGAUUUCUUGCAUUCGCUACUCGGGAGCGAUUACGGGAAGUUUGGAAAUAUUAGAGGAUAUAAUGAGCAAGCUUCACAACCUCCUUGGGUUUCCAUUGGAAAUGAUUACGCAGAAUACGUUCGGUCUGGGGCUGUCAUUCCCACAAUUGGCAGGGUCAGUGCUGUCCAAAGAGGACAUAAUUCCGAGUUAGCGACAAUCGACAUUAAACUUCCGGACGGCGAAACGACCACGCUGGACAACGUUGCAGCCAUUGUAUUGGCAACCGGCUUCACCCCAUACAACUCCCUUUCAUUCUUACCGAGCCCUGUUCUCUCUUUACUCGAAUACUCCGAAAAAGACCCAUUCAUCCCCAUAGUCCUAGAUGGAAAGGGCACCAUGCAUGCAGAAAUACCUGAUAUAGGGUUCGUGGGCUUCUACAGGGGACCAUACUGGGGGGUCAUGGAAAUGCAGGCCCGACAUGUUGCAGCAAGCUGGACUAGAGCAGAGGCAGGUAACUGCGAGGUAAGCUUGAAGAAAAAGGAAGAAGAAAGGCAACGUAUCCGGGGCCUCAGGAAUAUGGACACGCAGCUUUACCGCGGCCAGUUCCCGAUGGGAGAUUAUGUGGGAUUGAUGGAGUCGUUUGCAAGUGAGCUGGGAAUGGCUCGGACGCCACUCUUGCAAUUAGUGAGUGGUGAAGGGAAGAGAAGUGGUCCAGCACUACCGGCCCGGUAUACAUUCGCGAGCGGAUCAAGCACGGAAAGAGACAUAGACAGGGCCAUAACUCUUAACUCACUGCGAAGCAUUCUAUCCCCCGAUGAAUUUCAGACAAGUGCCCAAUCCACCGCAACAGCAACAUCCACAGCUAUUUUCCGAGCUCUACACGGGACUUGGAAAACAACCAGAACGAAUAAUAACCGAACCACCCACGGAAAAGCAACAUUCCACCCUCGAUACCCGACCUCCUCAACCUACGAAAAUGAAUACCUCUACCAAGAAUCAGAAUUUGUACCCGAGCAACAAACUAGCUCUAUAACCCAAGCAACACUAACAAAAGCGCUAGCGAACAGAUCCGUCUACCGUCUGCGCGCACCUGAGAGAGACAAAACCAUCGGUCCCAACAUGCCCCGCAUCCUCGUUUGGUCUGUAGACGUGGCUAAAGAUCCAAACACAGCCGCGCGUCUUUCACAUGGGAUUAAUUCAGCUAUGGUAGCAGAAAGAUACAUUGAUCAGAGGGUUGAGGAGGGUAAGGAGGCGUGUCUAGGUAGAUAUACUGUGCAUGCGGUGGGGUCUGUCGGAAAAGUAGCGCAAUAUGAAAGGCGUGAAUAUACAUUUCAUUUUCAGGGAGUAUCGAUCUUGUCUUGGGAGUGCUGCGUGAAAACGGAUGAGCGUUGUAUAGGGACGAUGUACGAGCGUGAUUGA